AUGAAUGACGAUAAAUCUCAAUCUCCGCCACGUCAUUGGCACGGCCCAGUUGGUAACCGCUAUGAGCAUCACAAUGUAUGGGUGGUAGGGGGUCCUGCCUCAACCUACAUGGCCGCACGACCUUCAACAUCUACUACCGAUGCAUUUGCCACGAGUGAAAGACGUUCCUCCAGUGCAUCCGACACCUCCGCCAACGCCGCCGCCAACGCAGGUCAACGCAGCCCUCCUCCGUCAGUAGGAGAGCGAAGGAGAUCUAGUGCGCAUGGUCCAUCGUCGUUGUUUGAGAGCCUAACCAGCCAGAAGCGGAACUCAACUGAUGGCUCCCUUGCAGCACGCAGACAGAGCUGGAGUGAGCAGUCACAGCCUGGCGGCUUCUUUUCCAAAUGGUGGUCUGGAUACACAGGCGGUAAUAAAUGA